CAGAGAGAGGAUGAAGGCUAAAAUAUUGAUGAUGUGGGACAACAUGCCAUGGCCUGAAGACCAUAUAUAUCUCCGCAAUGUAACUGAGAAGGAACAUGAUGAACUGAAGAGCCUCCUGUAUCCUAACAGGACUGGAGCCCAGCCACAGACAAUCAUCUUGGAGGGAAUAGCAGGGGUUGGGAAGACCACUCUGGCAAUGAAGGCCAUGCUGCAUUGGGCAGAGGGCUUUCUCUUUCAGCAGAGGUUCUCCUAUGUUUUCUUUAUCAGCUGCCAUAAAGUUAAAGACAUGAAGGAUACCACAUUUGCUGGCCUGCUUUCCUGGGACUGGCCUGACUCCCAGGUCCCCAUUGAAGAGCUCAUGAGUCACCCCGAGAGGCUCCUGUUUGUCAUCGAUGGCUUUGAGGAAAUGGACAUGCCUUCCAACUUGGACAACAGCCCACCAUGUACAGACUGGUAUCAGCAACUCCCAGUCAACAGAAUCCUGUUCUACUUGCUGAAGAAAGAAUUGGUUCCCAUGGCUACCUUACUGAUCACAACCAAAGAGUAUAGAACCAAGGAUCUUAAAAAGUUGUUACUGAAUCCAUGGUUUGUACAAAUCUUAGGGUUCACAGAGGGAGACCGGGAAGAAUAUUUCAUCAGGUACUUUGGUGACCAAAAAAAAGCUAAGAAAGUCUUGUAUUGGGUAAGAAAAAAUGAGACCCUGUUUUAUUUCUGCUCUGCCCCCCUGGUAUGCUGGACUGUGUGUUCCUGCCUGAAACGGCAGAUGGUAAGAAAUCCUCAUUUCCAGAUAAGCACCCAGACCACCACCAGUCUGUAUGUUCAUUUUUUCUCCAGCUUGUUUGCCACAGCAGAGGUGAGUUUGUCAGAGCAGAACUGGCCAGGGCAGUGGAGUGCCCUAUGCUCUCUGGCUGCAGAGGGGAUGUGGUUUAGGAACUUCACAUUUACAAAAGAGGACCUCAAACACAAGUGCCUGGAAGCCCAUCUCAUUGGUUCUCUCCUCAGGUUGAAUAUUCUUCGUAAGGUAAAUGACUGUGAGGAGUGUGUUACUUUCACUCACCAGAGUUUCCAGGUGUUUUUGGGGGCCAUGUUCUAUGUACUUUGGGGGACAAAAGGAUCCAUUGGUGGCCCUGCAAAGCAUGAAGAGAUGAGGGUGCUACUGAAUAAUGCUUUGGUUGACAGAAACUUCUAUUGGAAUCAGAUGGCUCUUUUUUUCUUUGGCCUUUUAAAAAGAAGCCUAAUAAGAGAACUGGAAGAUACUUUGUGUUGUAAAGUGGGUCAAAGGAUAAUGGAUGAAUUAUUAGAAUGGGCAGAGGAAUUAAAAAGUUAUGACAUUGUCCUUAACCGUUUUGAGUUCCUACACUUUUUUUCAUGCUUAUAUGAGACUCAGGAGGAAAACUUUGUAAGGCAAAUUUUGAGUCAUCUCCUUGAAGCUGACAUCAAUAUUUUUGGGAAUCAACAACUCCAAGUUUCUUCAUUUUGCCUAAAGCACUGUCGAAGUUUAAGUAAGCUAAGGCUUUCUGUCACCAGUUCCAUCCUUCAAACGGAAUUGACUUUCAGUGUGGAAACUCUGGAGCCACAUUCCAAGAUUUAUCAGUGGCAAGAUAUUUGCUCCGUGUUUUGCAAUGGGCAUGUGAGUGAGCUGGAUCUUAGUAACAGCAAACUUAAUACUUCUUCAAUGAAGAAACUCUGUUAUGAGCUGAGAAAUCCAAGGUGUAAGCUCCGAAAACUGACGCUGACCCAUCUGAACUUGAGCUCGAACAACUUGGGAGUUCCUGUGUCCACGAUGAUCUUUAAAACCUUGAGGCAUUCAGCCUGCAACCUCCAGUAUCUGUGGUUGGAAUCAUGUGGCCUUACCCCUCUGGUGUGUCGUCAUCUCUUUGUGGAGCUCAGCAGGAACUCCAGUGUGAGCUUUCUCAGCCUGGGGGACAAUGAUCUCUCAGGUAUGAAGGGUCUGCAGGGGCCCUCUGGGAUGUCAACAUCUUCCCUGAAGGAGCUGUCCCUGGAGAAAUGCAACCUGUCAGCAGCCAUCUAUCAGGAUCUGGCACUGCACGUCUCUAGCACCCAGAGGACAACUCGACUAUGCCUGGGAUUUAAUCCACUCCAAGAUGAUGGUGUGAGACUCCUCUGUGCUGCCCUGACUCAUCCUGAGUGUGCUUUAGAGAGACUGGUGCUCUGGUUCUGCCAGCUUGGUGCGCCCAGUUGCAGGUACUUGUCAGAGGCUCUCCUUAAGAACAAGAGUUUGACACAUCUGAACCUGAGGAGGAAUAAGCUGAGAGAUGAGGGAGUGAAGUUUCUGUGUAAGGCCCUGAGUCAUCCGGACUGCAGCCUACAGAACCUGGAUUUGUCAGAUUGUUCUUUCACAGCAGAUGGAUGUCAGGAGCUUGCUAAUGCCCUCAGGCAUAAUCAUAACAUGAAGAUUUUGGAUAUCAGGAACAAUGAUGUUCAGGAUAAUGGAGUGAAACACCUGUGUGAGGUUCUACAGGAUCCGUAUUGUGAAUUGAACACACUUGGGUUGGAGAAAUGCAAUCUGACGCCUGCUUGCUGCCAGCAUCUCUCCUCUGUUCUCACAAGCAGUAAAAGCCUGAUUAACUUGAACCUUUUGGAGAAUGACUUGGAGCCCAGUGGAGUCAGCAUACUGUGGAAGGCCUUGAAAAAGUCAAUGUGCAAACUACAGAAACUUGGGCUCAAGAAAGAGUUGUAUGACCUAGUGAAGGUGGAGCUGGAGGAAUUGCAGGAGAGGGGGUCCUUUCUAAGAGUCAAGUAUAAAUGGGAUUUCAAUGACCUUGAGGACAAGUGGUGGUGGUGAUCCAAUGAGGAGAUGCCAUGCUUCACCAUGAGAUGGUCUUGGAUUAGAACCAUCAGGAGAUGGUGUUCCUGUUCAAAUGCACUAUUACCUCAGUGUUUUUCUGCCAUUUGUUGUAGGCAGCAUAUUAAAUACCCAAUCUCCAUAAUCCUAAUCUAAUUCCACAUUUGCCCCCAAGACCCUACAUUGGCGUUGCCUUAAGUUUCCUUUUGUCCUUCUUGGUGUAAUAUCUUUGAUUCUCAGAUGUUAAGAAGAUUCAAUAA